GCACCCAGCAUGAAUCGUCCCCCACCGCCCGUGUCGCCUACAUAUACCCCAGACAAGGCUCUAGAUGAUCUUCCAGGGAUACACUGGGCUCUGUAUGAAUUCCUUCACUCGCGGAUGCUGGAAAGUGAGGAGUACUGUGACCGCAUGGACCCCAACAAGUGCGGCCGGUUCUUUCCUACUUGGCGUCUGUGCAUUCUCAGUCCAUUGUUGUCUAGGGAAAGGUUAUGUUUUGCUACUGGAUAUGGGGUUAUACAGGGUAUCAAGGGUUUGAUGUCUUUCGAAGACAAAGACCUUCUUAACGCUAUUCAUCACAUGAAGCGGGGAAUUACCGUUGCAGCGGCUCAUAGGAAGCCUCCUCCAUCACUAGCAGGGCGUUUAGCUGGUUAUAUCGUUCCAGGUCUCAGCUACUCGGGUCCCGAAUGGGUUGCCCAGAUGACUGACGUGGAGAAACACGCUGAACUUAUGUAUGCAGAAGGCCUCUACUACAAGAGUUUGGUGGGGAUUGUCUACUCCGGUGACUGGCUCUCGUUUAUCAAGGAAAUGUUGAACAUGCGGACAACUAUGUCAAUAUACCGGCAACUUGGACGAUACCUUGAGGUGGCUGACGCAGCUUACGCGGCCUCGCAUUAUCAAGAUUCGGAAGAGUCUUUGAAUGUGCCGCUUGAGGAUCCGUCCAUUGACCGGCAUUUCCGGUCAGGAGUUUAUAUCGGACUAGGCUUGUCACAUCUCGCUUUGUCUCUUAUGCCGUCGCGACUGCUUACUUUCGUGGAACUGUUUGGGUACCGAGGUGACCGGAUGGAAGGCCUUCGGAUACUGGAGAGAGCUGGCGGUUGGACUUCAGGCGACGACCGAGACAUCGUUCCGCAAGGUAGGCUCACACUAUGCGUUGCGCGAGAGUUCUUUCUUGGUGCUGUAUGUCUGAGCGUUAUUGCAGAGGAUGAGGGUCUUCGCCGGCCCAUGUGCGACAUGAUGCUUCUUGUCUUCCACCUCGUGCUCUCGGCAUAUACCUUUGAAGGCAUCGAUGUCAACAUGGCCCGGAGAGUAGUGGAGUGGAACUUGGAGAGGUACCCAAACAGCGUGUUUUUCUUGUUCGGUGCUGGUCGCCUUGCUUUGGUACGUUCACAACCGGAGCGUGCUCUUGAGCACUACGCUCGGGCAGCGCAAUGCCAGUCGCAGUACCGAAGUAUGCAUCAUAUCAGCUGGUGGGAGAGUGCAAUUGCCAGUUUUGCUUUGUGGGAUGUGAAAGCGAGUAAGGAGUGGUGGAGUCGCCUGAGGGCUGAAGCAACUUGGUCGAAAGCGACGUACACCUAUGGCGAGGCUGCCUGCCUUGCGUCUCUUGGUGAACACGACGCGGCGGCGGACUUGAUGGCGAAGGUAACGGGUCUCAGGCAGCGGAUUGCCGGGAAGAGCAUACCAAUUGAAAAAUUUGCGGCUCGGAAAGCGCGCAAGUAUCUCGCUCAGGGAAAUCAGUUGAUGCUUCCUGCCAUGGAACUCGCCUACGUUUUCUCUGCGAUCGCACAUGCACCGCAGAGGAUUGUGUUAGAGAAGAUGAUACCUGAUGUGCAGAAAGCCCUUGAAGAGCUUGACCUCACGGAAGCUGGAUGUGAUUCCUCUGGAAAACCUCUCCGAAAUGGUUCCGUCACUGGAUCCGAUUAUAGUGGAGAGGAGAAAGUUAAAAAGGCAAGAAAUGGAACAGCGAAAUCGACGUGUGAAGGAUACUGGGAUAACGUGUGCCUCGCUCGUUUCCUUGAAGGUGUUUGCUGGAGAUAUGUUGCCUAUCCAGAUCCAGACGUCGAUCUUGACAAGAACGGCAGUCUUCCCGUCACGAUCGACGACGCAGGGCGGAGAGCUGAACAAGCAUUCAAGGCUGUUUUUAAGCAUGGACCAAAGAUAGAGCUAGAUCAUUACCUCGUAUACUACGCUCAUUUUGAAUAUGGGAGAUUGCUUGCGCGCUCGGGCAAAAUGGACGAAGCUAGGACACACUUCGAUUUGGUUCUUAGUGGUAAAGCAGUCGAAGUUAGCUCCGCAGGGCGGAAGGGCAAGUACAGUCUAGAGAACGCGCUGCAUGUCCGGACGUAUGCUGCGCUUGAUGCCCUCAAGCAGGAUAGAUUGCUUUGAAGUAUGGAGCAUGGUCAAGACGGCAACAGACAUUUACAUUCGUAUAUCCAUCACUGAUCUACACAAGUGCUUCAUGUAGCUUUCCAACAUUGUAAACCUUGUUUUUGCUUUGGUGUAAACUUCGAUACCAGAUAGCGUUGACUAAGCAUAGUCUUUGUUUGCGAAACUUUGUGGCAUUCCUAGUGGCGACU